CUUCUCUCCCGCUGGGACGAUAUCAAUAAGUCCCGUAACCACCGACUCCCAAAAACUCUAUUCCGUGCGCAGUGUAUCGAUUUAUCAUGGAGGGAUCUCCGCAUUCCAACGACCAGUACACCGUGGGAUGGGUUUGCGCCUUAAUCGACGAACUAGUAGCUGCAAUGGCGAUGCUAGAUUGCGAGCACGGAAAUCCACAAACCCUUCCCCGGGCAGACAACAACACCUAUGUCCUCGGCAGCAUAGGGCAUCAUAAGGUGGUCCUUGCGUGUCUCCCGCUUGAUGAGCAAGGGCACAUAUCGGCAGCACGGGUCGCCACCGACAUGAUACAUGCGUUCCCGCAAAUUCGCUUCGCUCUCGUCGUGGGGAUCGGUGGAGGGAUUCCUCAUUACAAUCAUGACUGCAGCAAGACUGAAGAUAUUCGGCUCGGUGACGUGGUCGUCGGCUGCAACAGCGAGACUGGCGGUAUUGUGCGCUAUGACUUCGGCAAGAGAUUGGCGGACGGCACCUUCAGGGAGACGUAUGCGCUCAAUCGCCCCCCUCGACUAUUGGCUACUGCGGUAUCGAAUCUAGAAGCACGGCGUAGGCUGGGCCAUUAUCGCCUCGGUCCGAUCGUCGACAAGGCGCUGGAGAAAUCUUCAUGUCUGCGCGACGAUGGUUACGGACCGCCAGAUCGUGCAACAGAUCAGCUAUUCCAUUCAGAAUAUGUGCACGUAUCAGAAGAUGGCACUUGCAUGAAAUGCGAUGAGGCGCAGGCAAUCCACCGGGGUGAUUCCCGGAGGGAAGGUUCCGGGCCUGCUGUUCAUUACGGAGUGAUUGCAAGUGGCAGUCAAGUCGUAAAGCAUGCUCCAACACGGGAGCAGAUCAGGCAAAAAUAUAACGCCAUUUGUGUCGAGAUGGAGGCAGCAGGCCUGAUGAAUACCUUACCUUGCCUGGUCAUCCGGGGCAUCUGUGACUAUGCCGAUUCACAUAAGAAUGAUCUGUGGCAGAAGUAUGCGGCGAUUACAGCAGCUGCGUAUGCAAAGACCUUGCUGGGAAUCAUAGGGGUGCAAGGGGUAGAGUCUCAAGAACGAGCACAAGAGGUACUGAGUAAAGUGCAAAAUACCUUGUCCAGCGUAGUUAACACUGUCGCUGAGCUCAAAGUAAUUGCAACGAAGGAUCAAAACUCAAAGAUUCUCGAGUGGUUGUCUCCAUGCAAUUUCAGCGCUCAACUACAAGAUAUCCUAAAACAACGGGAGAGGGGAACGCUUCGGUGGUUCUUGGAUUCGGACGAGUUCCAGGCCUGGCUCAAGACAGGUAAACAGACUUUGUUCUGCCCAGGCAUCCCUGGCGCUGGGAAAACGGUUGUCGCGGCUACCGUUGUCGAGCAUCUCCAUGCCAUAGCCCAACAGAACCUUACUACAGUAGAGUGCCUGCUGCUUCCGUCUCACAUCCAACAACUUCACGAUGAGUGUGCUAUCAUAGGUGUUCAGCCUCCUUUGGAGAGGAUAUCAGACGCACUAUUACAAACUGCACGGAUGUAUGAACGUGUGUACAUCAUCAUCGACGCUCUGGAUGAACUUUAUGCUAGUGAUUAUGAUGAGCAUUCGAGACUGCUGACAGAGAUGUUCAGACUCCAGCAAGAUUCACCAGUCAGCAUUUUGAUCACCUCACGAUUCAAGUCCGGUAUAAUCCCACCAAGUCACGAUAUCCAGGAGAGGGUCAUAGAGGCACACGACGAUGAUUUGGUCCAGUAUAUUAAUACUAGGCUGGAGCGUUUGCGCAUAAGGAGCAAUGUCUCCAGAGCAUCGAAUGGAAUGUUUUUGCUAGCGAGACUUCACAUGGAUCAUUUGAGAGAUAAGACUUCCGUUGGCAUGCUGAAAAAAUCUCUUUCAACACUCUCCCAAGGCAACUUUGGACUAACAGAGACCUAUCAACGAGCAAUGCUGGUCAUUCAACAUCUAGCGGAAGAUCUCCGUGCGCUCGCCAUGAAUGCUCUGUCUUGGGUCGCCUAUAGCAGGACAGCACUCUCAUCUACUGAGCUACGCCAUGCACUUGCAACUCAACCUGAAAUGUCCGACCUUGACACAGACUAUCUGUCAGAUGUCAAUCUGAUUAUAUCUUCCUGCGGCGGGUUAGUCCUGUGGGACAACGAAACAGACGUCGUACGCCUCGUUCAUUACACAUUGUCCGACUUCCUAUGUUCCCAGCAGAAUCUGCCGCAUGCUCAUAUGUAUAUCAUGACCACCUGCAUUACAUAUUUGUCUUUCAACUCGUUUGAAAUUGGACGUUGCUCAAGCAACGAUGAAUUUAAGAUGCGCCAGAAGUUUUAUCCUCUCUACCGUUACAGCGCGAAGCACUGGGGCUUUCAUGCAGCCAAUAUAUCUUCUGCAUCGAUGGGGAUUUUUUCGCCGUUUCCUGUCAAUUCGGCCGAGGCAGACUUCAUGUCCCUUUUCCAACACGACCACCUCUCUUCAAUCCCAUGUGGUAUAACGGCCGUCCAUCUUGCCGCACACUUUGGUCUCCUGGAAGUAUUGAAGUCCCUAGUGCAGGCUGGGCAUGAUGUGAACAGCCGUGACUCAAAGCACCAGACUCCUCUUACCUAUGCAGCCUUGAGAAAGCAGUGGUCAACGGUGAUAUAUCUUCUAGAUAGUCUAGGUGCCGAUUCAAGCCUGGCAGAUUCUACAACUCUUGCAGCACGCGAAGGUCAUUUGGAGUCGGUUGUCCUCCUCCUUGGAAACGGGUUCAUUCUGCAGAAUCCGAACUAUGGUAACCAAGAACUGACUCAGAUGUUGCUUACAAUGGGCGUCUCUCAUAGCAUCAAAAACGAUCGAUCUCAGACGCCACUCUUUACCGCAGCACAUGCGGGACAAUUAGCUGUGGCCAAAACGUUGCUAGAUAACGGGGCGCACACAGAGGAAGUGGAUUCCAAGGGUCGCACCCCCUUGUUCUAUGCACUCCUACUCGUUGGUGGAGCAAAUCCAGAUCCCGAAGACUAUGACAGAGAGAGACCUAUUCUUUGGGCAUCAGGGAGUGGCUAUGAUACUAUUCUCAGGUUACUUCUACAGAAAGGCGUCAGCGCCGAGUCCCGGUCGGACGGAUCGAAGUCUCCAAUCAUCUGGGCAAAAGAGGAUUCGGACACUGGUGACUACCAGGCUGUAGUUUCCCAGCUGGUCGAGUUUGGUGCUGACGUCAAUACGAAGGAUGAGACGGGAACACCCAUCGGUCAUGUAAGAGACAAAUCACUCAUUAAGCCCUCAAGAAUCUCAAUACAAUGA